UAGGAGGGGAGAAUUUUCCCUCGCUCCCUUGCAGCAUCCUCCCCGGCACAUACACACACACACAUACACACACACACACGGAGGCACGGCGCUGUGUGUGUGUGCGCGCGUCUCUGUGUGCAGCAGCGGCAGCCGCCGCCUCUCGGCACCCCGCACCGCCGUCCCCGCGCUCCCCGCCGCCGCGGGGCGUCCUUCGCCCGCCGCAGCGCCGCCGGCCAGGGGAGGAGGAGAAGGAGAAGGAGAAGGAGGAGGAGAACGAGGAGGAGGAGGCGGCGGCUCCGCUGCUCCGCUGCUCCGCGGCCGCGCACCGGCAGCGAUUUUGGACUCUGAAUUUGGAACAGUUUGGGGUUAUAUGCUUCUUGAAACUUGGAGAAUACCUGCAAUAAAUAGGUGAUGCAUGGAAUAAAGCACCGCUGUAAUGUGGGGCUGGCUCAGCCGUGUCCCGCCUCCCAGGAUUGGCCAUGAGAAUUUGUAACGUUCCUUUGGAAAUACAGUGAUGGGGCUACUGAGAAGUUACCCUCUGUUGUACAGAGCCUAAUGAGCUGUAUGUGGGCCCUGAGUUCGAUGACAUCCCAUCUCAAGAUGCUGCUAAGACAGUAGCAAAUUAUUGCUAGCUGAAGAAGUCUAACAGGAACAAAAGGAACUGGUGAAAAAGCGAUGGCUGCUGCAGCUGAUGGUUUGGGAAGUAUAGCUAUAGAUACCACGCAACUGAACAUGUCAGUCACUGAUCCAACAGCUUGGGCCACAGCUAUGAAUAACCUGGGGAUGGUUCCAGUAGGUCUAGCUGGACAACAGCUUGUGACAGAUUCAAUCUGUGUACCAGGCUUUGAUCCAAGCCUUAGCAUGAUGACUGGAAUCACUCCGAUUAACCCAAUGAUACCAGGCAUGGGGUUAGUGCCACCGCCACCGCCAACAGAUGUGCCUGUAGUCAAGGAAAUAAUUCACUGCAAAAGCUGCACACUCUUCCCUCCAAACCCAAAUCUUCCACCACCUUCAACAAGAGAGAGACCUCCUGGGUGUAAAACAGUGUUUGUUGGAGGAUUACCAGAAAACGCAACAGAGGAAAUUAUUCAGGAAGUCUUUGAGCAGUGUGGAGAUAUAACAGCAAUUCGGAAAAGCAAGAAGAAUUUUUGUCACAUUCGUUUUGCAGAGGAGUUCAUGGUUGAUAAAGCCAUUUACCUUUCUGGUUACCGCAUGAGAUUAGGAUCUAGCACAGACAAAAAGGAUUCAGGCCGCCUUCAUGUUGAUUUUGCUCAGGCAAGAGAUGACUUUUAUGAAUGGGAAUGCAAACAAAGAAUGCUGGCCCGAGAAGAACGCCACAGACGUAAAAUGGAAGAAGACAGACUGCGCCCUCCUUCUCCUCCAGCAAUAAUGCAUUAUUCUGAACACGAAGCUGCUUUGCUGGCUGAAAAAUUGAAAGAUGAUAGCAAGUUUUCAGAGGCCAUCACAGUGCUGCUAACCUGGAUUGAGCGAGGCGAGGUGAAUCGUCGCUCUGCAAACCAGUUCUAUUCAAUGGUGCAGUCUGCAAACAGCCACGUUCGCCGUCUCAUGAAUGAAAAGGCCGCUCAUGAGCAAGAGAUGGAGCAAGCCAAGGAGAGUUUUAAAAAUGCCUUAACAGGGAUCCUGACUCAAUUUGAGCAGAUUGUCGCCGUUUUCAACGCUUCUACCAGACAAAAAGCUUGGGACCAUUUCUCGAAAGCCCAGCGAAAGAACAUAGACAUUUGGCGAAAGCAUUCUGAGGAGCUCCGAAAUGCUCACAGCGAACAGCUCAUGGGAAUCCGCCGGGAAGAGGAGAUGGAAAUGUCUGAUGAUGACAGUGGUGACAAUCCCAGUAAAAAGCUGAGAGUAGAUGAUUCAGCUCUAGCAGCCCAAGCAUAUGCGCUUAAGGAAGAAAAUGAUAGUCUUCGAUGGCAACUGGAUGCUUAUAGAAACGAAGUGGAGCUUCUGAAGCAAGAGAAAGGACAGCUCUUUCGAACAGAAGAAAGCCUUACAAAGGAUCAGCAGCUGCAGUUCCUACAGCAGACGAUGCAAGGCAUGCAGCAGCAAUUGCUGAGCAUCCAGGAAGAAUUAAAUAACAAAAAAUCAGAGCUGGAGCAAGCCAAGGAAGAGCAAACGCAUACACAAGCAAUGCUUAAAGUACUGCAGGAACAGUUAAAAAGCGCCAAGGAAUUAGCAGAAAUCAAUGGGCAUGAUGAAUCUCAGGCAAAUGAAAUCAAUGUAUUGACAGUAGCAUUGGUCAACCAAGAAAGAGAAAAAACUUCUGAGAAACGAAGUCCAGGUCUAAAAUCAGAGAAAGAGGCACUACUAAUAGGUAUCAUCUCCACAUUUCUUCACGUCCACCCUUUUGGAGCUAAUAUAGAAUAUCUUUGGUCUUAUAUGCAGCAGCUGGACUCCAGGAUCUCUGCGAAUGAGAUAGAAAUGCUUUUAAUGAGACUGCCACGCAUGUUUAAACAAGAAUUCACUGGUGUAGGAGCAACACUGGAAAAGAGGUGGAAGUUCUGUGCCUUUGAAGGAAUUAAAACUGUCUGACUGUGACUAGUAAUGAAGCUAUGCAGAAGAAGAAUUCCUAGAGCAUGGCAGGGUUAUAAAGUAUUAAAGCAAGAAAUUUGGGUUUUGGCACAUAGUAGUAUGUUUUCAAAGUUAUCCAAGCCUAAUUUUAGUUACAUUCGUGACGUUCUCUUGUGAGUGGAAAUGUAGUUGUGCACCAAUUCCUAAAAUAAAAUAAAAUAAUUAAAAAAAAAAACAAAAA